GCACUGCAGACCUCAGUCAUUUAUAAAUGGAGGGUUAAUGGCCAUCUCUUUCCCCAAAGAAAGGUAGAUAGAUAUAGAAGGGACCCAUCUCUCCAAUAUUAGCAUAUAAAGCUCUUUGUCUUGAAUUCACUCACAAAGAAGGAGAGGAAUUGUGGUAAUGGCUUCUACUAUCAGUCAAUGUACUAAGAAAGAAGCUAACAGAGGAGCAUGGACAACUGAGGAAGACCACAAACUGGCUCAAGUGAUUGCAGUUCAUGGGGCAAAGAGGUGGAAAUGUGUGGCAAUGAAAGCAGGUUUGAAACGAUGUGGGAAGAGUUGCAGGUUGAGAUGGAUGAAUUAUCUAAGGCCUAAUAUCAAGAGAGGCAAUAUAUCAGACCAAGAAGAGGACUUGAUACUAAGGCUUCAUAAACUCCUUGGAAAUAGGUGGUCUUUGAUUGCUGGAAGGCUACCAGGUCGAACAGACAAUGAGAUCAAGAACUACUGGAAUUCUCAUUUAAGCAAGAAGAUAAAGCAGAAGGAGAAACAAAGCAGAAGUUCAACCACAGUGGAGUGCAGGCCUCAGAAAACAAAGGUGAUGGAGAUGGAGAGUGUAGACAAUGGAAGUGAGAGGGUAGCCUCAAAAGGAGAUGAAGACUCAAAAACCAGCUCUGUUGGGGAUGAGUCAUUUGAUUACUCUAGUGAUGGCCCUUUGAAUUUGGAAUGGAUGAGUAAAUUCCUUGAAAUGGACGAGGCUUGGCUUGAUUUUGCAUGAACUGAAACCAUCUCUGUUUUCUUCCUUUGAAACUAUUGCAGUUUAUGCAGUCUUCUUUUCUUUUCUUUUUUUGGCAUUUUAUGAUACUAUUGCCCAAGAUGGCUUUUGAUAAUCCAACUAAAACCCCACUUCAAGAAGUGGGUGAGAGGAAAAAAGCCAGGCUUUGGACUUGUGUAUAGGAAGAGAUGCCUCAAGAAUGUUGGGAAUUUUCAUUGGUAA